AUGGGAAGUGGAACAAGGCCCUUUACCUUGUCUUCAUGGGUCUUAGUUGCAGCCUUCUUAGGUAUUAACUUAUUAUCCAGUGAAAUUUGUAGCGCUAAAGAUAUCUACAGGUGUGCUCCUUCUUCCUGCGGCAACAUCCACAACAUAAGCUACCCUUUCCGACUAAACAGUGACCCAGAAUACUGUGGGGACUCGAGGUGUGCAAAUCCAGUGAAUUCAUCUCUCAACGUAGUGAUUGCUCAAUGCACUAAUAAUCUGAGUAGGACAGGUUAUGUCAACAUUCACGAUACAACGACGUCGGAUCUGGAGGAUGGGUGCAGUAUAGAGUGGACGACUAUGGCGAGUGAAUCCUUGGACGACCAAAAUUACCAAAACGUUUCUCACAGAUACAUAAACAUACACAACGCUUUGACGGAUGGCUUUUUGCUUUAUUAUCGUAGCUCAGGUGUUGCCUUUGUUGAAUGUGGCCCACACCAAUGGAUCCCACGUGGUUCUAAGUGUAAGCCAGGUAACUUUGCUUUUAUCCUGGAUGAAGUGUCGGGGAAUAAUGACUGUAGAGGCACGAGAAAGCAGGUGGCUGCUUUAAGAUGCUUCAAUCAUAUUCUCGGGGCAAUUAUUGUGUCUGCAACUAGGGGCCUAAUCAGAAUUCAAAUCAUAGGCAUCAUAGGGGUCCUGGCUGUCUUCAUACCAAGACUUAGGCUUAGCAGGGCUCUGCAUGGGCUGGCAGCUAGACGACGAAGGGGCAGUCAUUUUCAAUGUCCUCAUCAUCAUCCAUUUGAGAGGCUUGAAUUAUCAACUGGCGAGCAAUCUCUUGGAGUUCAGACUUCGAUUUUCCUUCAAUUGAAAGGGAAGAUCGGGUUGAACCAGUGGGGGAGGCCGGAUACGGAAUAG